AUGGCUGUCCCAACUACAGAUAUGGACCCUGAUAUCUACACCGACUUAUUGACCUUCACUUUCGGGGGUCUCAAGCCUUAUAACCCAAAUCAAACAUUGUUUAUUGAUGCAGAAAAUCCCUCGCGGUCGUUUACGGCCGCCCAAUUCCGACAGCUGGUCCGGACUCUAAUUUCGGGCUUGAAAGCGCAUAAUGUGCAACUAGGAGAUUGUGUGCUGUUGCAUCUUGGUAACAGUAUUUUAUAUCCCGCUUUGUUCUUCAGCAUUAUUGGCGCAGGCGGUAUCUACAUGGGCUCGAACCCCAGCAGCCUACCUAAGGAGCUCGACCAUAUCCUGACGCUCGCCGAACCCAAAUUAAUCCUCACAACCCGCGAAGCCCUCCCCUCGGUGGUUGAAGUCUCAGCUGACCAGGGCAUUCCCCGGGCCCAGAUCUGCCUGGUCGAUGAAUUUGCCCUUGACAACUGUGCGCGACUGUUUCUGUGGCGGGAAAUAAGGUACUCUCGGUACUUCUCAGUAAAAAGUGCAGACACCCGUCAUUCUAAUUUCGUUAAUCUGCUUUCCUGUGGUGAAUGUGACUGGCUUAAUUUUAAUGACUCUAUGGUUUCACGAACCACGCCUGCGGCCAUGUUCUCGACAAGCGGCACCGGCGGACUUCCUAAAGCAGCCAUCCUGUCCCACCACGCGAUUAUCUCGCAGCAUCGGUCCAUCUACUACGACGUGCUAUUUCCCGUCCGCCGCUUGAUGCCGCUACCCAUGUUCCACUUGUUUGGUGCCCUUUGGACACACCUUUUUCCUAUUCGAUAUGGCCACCCACUGUUUGUGCUACCACGUUAUGAGGUUCAAAAGUUCCUGUCCGCAGUGCAUCGAUACCAAAUUUCCGAGACGUACCUGGUCCCUGCUAUUAUCCACUCCCUCAACCAAUCUCCUCUGCAGAUUUCAGAUUACCUCUCAUCCAUCCGCUAUAUUGGGGUUGCAGGCGCACCUAUUGAUGCAGCCUCCAUACAGCAAUUCCGCAGCCAUCUGAAUCCUACGGCCUAUGCUUGUCAGAUUUGGGGAAUGACCGAAGUCGGCGCCACCUUCCAAACUCGAUAUGGCCAGUCUGGGGACCCAGGCAGUAUCGGCACCUGUCUCCCGGGAUACGAGAUCCGCUUGAUCAAGCAAGAUGGAAAGCCUGUGCAAGGAGACGGCGAGCCUGGCGAACUCUAUGUGCGUGGUCCCAGCCUGCUUACAGGCUACAGGGGCUGCACAGAUGCCCUGGAGCCUUAUGGAUGGUUCCGCACGGGAGAUCUCGCCUACUCAAAGCAGGGCCAAUUUUACAUUAUAGGCCGAACCAAGGAGCUGAUCAAAGUACGAGGAUGGCAAGUUGCUCCAGCAGAAAUAGAAGCGGUCCUUCUCCAGCACCCUGGUAUCACUGAGGCAGCUGUGAUCGGAUUGGAUAGACCUGGCCUGGACGAAGUUCCACGCGCAUUUGUGGUUCGCUCCCGCGACCCAGCUGGGACUCGUCUCACCAGCGAAGAAGUCUAUAACCAUGCACUUUAUCAUCUAGCCAGAUACAAGGCCCUCGAUGGCGGCGUUUUCUUCGUCGAGAAGAUCCCGCGUACGGCCAGCAGCAAAAUUCAACGCUUCAAGCUCUCCCAGAUGAGCCCCUACCGUGAAAUGGCCGUAUCGCUGCCGUCCGGGUUUGAAGGCAAUGGCGCGCGCGAACCCAAGGCCGAAGCCAACAUGCCGCCCGCCACCGUGACACCCGAAAGAUGA